CAGCAGCGGCCAUUGAACAGCAGCAUUCAGUCUCGAUUCGGCCGGCAAACGUUCAAGUUGGUGUGCGCGCGUGUGGAAUCUACUGAAACUGCAUUAAUAUAGACGCACAAUUAUUUGUAUUGUUAGUUAACACCUGCUUGAAAAAUGGCCAGCUCUCCCAUUACAGACUUCUAUGAGGGACGCAAUGUGUUUAUUACUGGAGCCACUGGCUUUGUGGGCGUUACCAUAGUGGAAAAACUAUUGCGUGAUAUUCCCAAAGUGGGCACCCUGUAUCUGUUGAUGCGCGCAAAGAAGGGCAAGAAUGUCAGUGAACGACUGGAGGAAUUAAAAAAGAAUUCAGUUUUCAAUCGCUUCAAGGAACUAAAACUAGAUGAUCGUCUGGCUAAGAUAGUGCCCAUCGAGGGAGAUGUUGGCUUGGAAAAUUUAGGAAUCUCACCCAAGGAUCGUCAGACAUUGAUUGAUAAUGUCAAUGUGGUAUUCCAUUCGGCAGCCACAUUAGAUUUCUUUCAAUCCCUCAAAGAGACAACUAACAUCAAUUUGAGGGGCACACGAAGAGUUGUGGAACUUUGCCAGCAAAUAAAGCAACUUGAUGCCUUAGUUCAUGUCUCGAGUGCUUAUGUUAAUGCCUACAUAACCGAAGUGGAGGAGAAGCUAUAUCCCUCACCCGAUGAUCCCGAGAAGAUCAUACAAUUGGCUGAAACCCUUAAUGAUGAUGCCCUCAAGGAAUUGGAGCCAAAAUUAUUGAAGGAUCAUCCAAAUACCUAUACGUUCACCAAACAUUUGGCCGAGCAUGAAGUGGCCAAUGUGGCAAGUCGUUUUCCCUGCGGCAUUGUGCGACCCAGUAUGAUCACGGCUGCUUGGAAAGAACCUAUUCCCGGUUGGACCAUAUCAAAGAAUGGACCACAAGGCUUCUUUAUGGGUGCCUCCAAGGGUGUUUUGCGUCGCUUGCCUUUAGAUCCGAAUAUCAUUAUGGACUAUAUACCCAUUGAUGUGGUCGUUAAUGGCAUCAUAACCACUGGUUACUAUGUCAACGCCUUGAAAUUGAAGAACGCUGGACGUCCGGCGGAAUUGCAAAUUUUCCACUUGACCUCAAGUACCUAUAAGCCGUUCCGUUUUGAAUUGAUGGCCGAUAAGAUCAAUGGUUAUCUGCAUGAUUAUCCUUUAAAUAGUGCAGUUUGGUAUCCCAAUUUGCGUUUGGUUAAGAGUCUGACGCUAUUUAGAUUGAGUGCCAUUCUCUUUCACUUUAUACCCGCCUUAUUUUUAGAUUUGAUUACCAAGUUGGCUGGUGGAAGACCAAUCCUGCUUAAACUUCAUAAAAAUGUGUGGAAUUCAUUAAAUACCUUGGAACGUUUCAUUUUCACUGAAUGGCAUUUCGAUAGCAAACGUCUAUUGGCUUUGGCCAAAAGUUUGGAUACUGUGGAUAAAAAGAAAUUUGUUAUUGAUAUCGGAGAGCUUACCUGGGAUGAAUAUUUUGGUAAUACCAUUUUGGGUGUACGUGAAUAUCUAUCCAAGGAGCCACCCAAGACUCUGGAAAAAGCCAGACGCAAGGAUAAGAUUUUACUUGGAUUGCAUGUGGCCCUGCAGCUUCUGUUCUGGUACGGCAUCUUCAAGCUGAUCAUUUGUGUAUCCGGUAUUUCGAGUGCCAAGGCUGCGCUUAUUUUGCCCAUCUUUUAUUAUUUGUUCGGACUGAUUUGAAUACUUGAGGCUAAAAAGUGUUCAGAUUCGGUUGGUCAAGUAAAUGUACAUUAUUUUCUUAGCUCAACAUUUCAACUCAACAUGUUAUUUAUACAUACGCUAAAUGCAAAUUUCACUAAGGUAUUUGGUAUUUUUCAAAAUAAAACUGAAAGAAAAUUUAUACUUGUAA